AUGGCUACUUCACCCACCGCCAAGCGCCAAAAGUCCUCCAAGGACGUUCCCUACGAGCUUAUUUACUGGCCUGGAAUCCCCGGUCGCGGCGAGCACAUUCGUCUCGCGUUCGAGGAAGCCGGUGCUGAGUAUACCGAUACUGCGCACAUCGAGGACGGCAUCAAGACGGUGCUUGCGCAGAUCGAUGGCGAGAAUCUCGGCGAUGAGCACAACCCCCCGCCUCUGGCACCGCCAAUUCUUAAGCACGGCGACCUAGUGAUCAGUCAGACCCCCAACAUUCUGCUGUACCUCGGCCCACGCCUCGGGCUGGCGCCCAAGACUGAAGAGGAUGGCGACGGAAUCUACCGUAUCAAUGCGCUUGCGCUGACGGCGCUGGAUGGAUUGAGUAACGAGGCUCACGAUACACACCACCCAGUCGCGACGGGCUUGUACUAUGACGACCAAAAGGAGGAGAGUAAGCGCAAGGCCAAGGAUUACAUUGAAAACCGCCUGCCCAAGUUCUUUGGGUACUUCGAGAGGGUGCUGAAGGGCAAGGCCAGCGGGGACGGACCUUGGUUGUACGGAGGAUCGUUGACCUAUGCGGAUUUGGUUCUGUUUCAGUGUGUUGAUGGCCUUAAAUUUGCGUUCCCCAACGCCUUGAAGCGCAUUGAGGCCAGCGGCGAGUACAAGGGCUUGUUCGAGCUCUAUGAUGCUGUCAAGGAGCGACCCAAGAUCAAGGAGUACCUCGCCAGUGACCGCCGGCAAAAGUACUCACAGGGCAUUUACCGCCAUUACCCUGAGCUGGAUGAAGAAGCUUCGGCAUGA